AGCGGUACCCACACGUCUACGCGUUCCUUCGAUUGCCUCGCAAUGCAUCUUCCUCUUCUCUUCCUCCUCCUUCCAUCACAUCCCGUCCUUUCACGCUCGUUCCACUCCUUUCCUCCAGAUACAUAUGCUUUCCCAAAGUACAAGGUCGCCUUCCUCAGCAAUCUCCCCGUCCUCAAUGAAACUGCCCAGAAGUGGUUAAAGGAGGGCCUUCAAGGCGGCGAACUCGAGUUCUUGGACCAACCUUGGGACAUGAGUCCUAUGCAACCACCCCUUUUGUUCAAGGAGAUUGGUAGUGGAGACUCUGAGCCUGCCACCCCACCUCCAAAGCCUUCCUAUUCUCUCGAGCACAUGAAGUUGGGUCCACGAGACUCAUAUCUGUGUUUUAUUCCUGCGCCUCUUGAUUUACCUCCCCCACCUCCAGAAGUUGAAACCGACGAUGAUGUCGCUACCGUCAAUAGCUGGUCGCUCCUCCAACCAUUAACUGGAAACUGUCUUUAUCAUCGAGAGCGGUGGUUCACAUACUCGUAUUGUCAUAACCAAGAAAUCCGCCAAUUCAAGGAACUAUCAAAUGGGAACUCUCAUAUCCCAGAGGAAGACCCAACGUGGGAGUCGUACACACUCGGAAAGGCUCCUGCAACGCCAGCACCCGGUGCCGACUUCACCGUAGCUCAGCGGAACGCCAUCGCAACAAACCUCAAGCUCGCUCGUGGCGCGGGAUCUAGAUAUCUUGUCCAAAGAUGGGGAGAUGGUACAAUCUGCGACAUGACUGGAAAACCUCGCGAAGUCGAAGUCCAGUUCCAUUGCUCCAUGGUGAUGUCAGAUUCCAUUCUCUUCGUUAAGGAAUCCAAGACGUGUUCAUACGUCCUCGUCAUCAACACACCUCGCCUAUGUGGCGAACCUGGAUUCCGGUCCCAACAAGAUGUCAACGAGCAGGCCCAUAUUCGCUGCCGAGAAAUCAUCAAUAGUCCCCGCCAGCCACAGGAAAUCUAUUCUGUCUCAGAAGCGGAUCAUCCGCAAAAGAUAGCGCAACCCAAACCUGUUUUACCGUCACCCAAACGUGGUACUGUCGACAAGUUGCGUGGGGGUGGAGGGGCGAAGGGGAACGAGUUGAUACGUAAAGCACUUCAGGCUAUCAAGGGGCAACAAAUGGAGGAGAUUAUUGUCCAAGGCGUUUCGGAGGAUGGGGCUUUUAUCAUUGAGGUAUUGGAUGAUGAACAACUCGGCGGAGGGGGCGUGGAAGAAGGAACUAUACAAGGAGAUAUGGAAAAGAUCGCUAAUGUGCUACGAAAAGCAGGUCUCGAUGUCCAACCACAAACGAGACAGCAGUCAUCUCGGUCGGAAGACCAAGGACAGAACAAUGACGAUACAGCCGAUCAGCAGAAAAAGAAAGACAGCCUACCGAGACCUCGCGGCGACGAACAUGAUGGACAUGGAGUUCACGACGAGUUGUAGUGUUUUGGAUGUUUCUGUAAUUCUAGAAAUAUUAGUGGCUGGGAAUGCUACAGAAUCACUUGACACGGUCAUGGGAAUGACCGCAACAGAUCAGAAGCGGGCUUAGCGGCUGA